AUGGAGCCGCCAGAGCUUGUUCGAAACAUGUCUCCUGAAGAGCGUGCACGUGCGGAGAAAGCGCUUGUUCGCAAGAUUGACUUCAGAUUGAUGCCGAUGCUAGUAUUGAUGUACAUCUUGAACUACUUGGAUCGCAACAACAUCGCUUCGGCACGUUUAGCAGGACUGGAAACCGAUUUGGCAUUAACAUCAUCACAAUAUGAGACCAGUGUCUCGAUCUUGUUCGUUGGCUACCUUUUGAUGCAAAUUCCAUCAAAUCUGUUCUUGAACAAGAUUGGCAAACCCGCACUGUAUCUUCCGACAGUGAUGGUUGUGUGGGGUAUCAUCUCGACAUGCACCGCUGCUGUGCAGAGUUUCGGAGGACUUGUCGCUGUCAGAUUUGUGCUUGGUUUUGUUGAGGCGGCCUACUUCCCUGGCUGCUUGUUCUUCUUAUCAUCUUGGUACACGCGCAAAGAGCUUGCCUUCCGCUCUGCCGUCCUCUACUCUGGCUCGCUUAUCUCGGGCGCCUUCUCAGGCUUAAUUGCUGCCGGCAUCCUCGAUGGACUGUCUGGACACUUGGGUCUAUCUGCAUGGCGAUGGCUUUUCAUCCUUGAAGGCUCCAUCACUAUUGGCAUCGCCGCCAUCGCCUUCUUCGUACUUCCCAACUUCCCUCGUACCACAAAAUGGCUUUCAGAGGAGCAGCGACAGCUAGCCACCUGGAGACUUCAAGAGGACAUUGGUCAGGACGAUUGGGUCAGCAGCGAGGGACAAUCAUUCUGGCACGGUUUCAAACUGGCCUUCACAGACCUCAAAACAUAUGUUCUCAUGGUCUUGCUGUUUGGUAUCGUCGCAAGUGGAUCUGUCACAAACUUCUUCCCCACAGUCGUACAAACUCUGGGGUACAGCAAGAUCGUCAGUCUGUGUCUGACAGCGCCACCGUACUGCCUAGCUGUAAUCACCGCCUUCGCAAACGCCAUCCACGCAGAUCGUACCGGAGAACGUUUCUUCCACAUCGCGGUUCCUCUUUGUGUCGCAGUGGUCGCAUUCAUUAUAGCCGCAUCAACUACCUCUCUUGCACCACGCUAUCUAGCGAUGAUGCUGAUGGUACCAGGCGUCUACACAGGAUAUGUUGUCGCACUUGCCUGGAUUAGUAACACCAUCCCGCGUCCCCCAGCCAAGCGUGCCGCUGCUCUUGCUGGUAUCAACGCAAUUUCAAACGCCAGCAGUAUCUAUGCGUCUUACAUGUACCCUAAGUCAGCAGGGCCGAGAUAUGUUGUCGCGAUGAGUGUGAACUGCGCCACAGCUGUCAUGGCGAUCAUUGCAGCUUUCACUUUGAGGACAAUCUUAAUGAGACUCAACAAGAAGCUUGAUAGAGGCGAGCAUGUCGAGGGUGCGGUCUCUGCUGGAAAGGGUGUGCCUGGCGAGGCUGCUAAAAAGGGCUUCCGCUUCUUACUGUAG